GAUGCGGGAGCGCACGGAGGUGGCCGCCUGCUCGGGCAGCAUGAACGAGGCCGAGGGCCUGCGGCAGCGCCACCCGUUCCGGCCGCAGGUGAUCACCGAGGACAGUCCGGCGCAGGAGGCCAAAGAGGGCAGUACGUACAGUGGCAAGGUGUUCCGUGUGACCUUCUUGACUUUGGCUGUGUCCCUAAUUAUUCCCCUGCUUGGAGCAAUUGUUCUACUGGAUUGUCCUAUAGACCCGCAGCCUAUAAGCUUGAAAGAACCUCCCCUUCUGACAGGGGUUCUGGAGCCAAAUAUCAAGUUACGAAAAGCUGAGCGAUUAUGGGAAGGUCAACUUCUUGGACCAGAAUCUAUUGCCAAUAUUGAUGAUGUGCUCUUUACUGGGACAGCUGAUGGAAAGAUUCUAAAAAUUGAAGAUGGGGAACUACAGACAAUAGCUAGAACUGGACAUGGUCCUUGUGGAAGGUGGGAAGAUGAGCCAACUUGUGGAAGGCCACUUGGCAUCAGAGUUGGACCAAAUAACACCCUUUUUGUGGCAGAUGCUUAUCAUGGACUCUAUGAAAUUAAUCCUGACACAGGGGAAACAAAAAUGCUUGUCUCAACUAAAACAAUAAUUGAAGGUCAGAAGUUGUCUUUUCUGAAUGAUCUUACAGUCACUCGGGAUGGGAGGAAAAUCUACUUUACUGAUUCCAGCAGCAAAUGGCAAAGGCGGAACUACUUGUACUUGGUCAUGGAAGGCACAGAUGAUGGACGCCUGCUUGAAUAUGACACGGUAACAAAAGAAGUGAAAGUCUUAAUGGUGGGGUUGCAGUUUCCUAAUGGAGUCCAGCUCUCUCCAGCAGAAGAUUUUGUCCUGGUCCAGGAAACAACCAUGGCUAGAAUCAGGAGGUAUUAUGUGUCUGGCCUGAUGAAAGGUGGAGCGGAUAUUUUUGUUGAGAAUAUGCCUGGUUUUCCAGAUAAUAUCAGAUUAAGCAGUUCUGGAGGAUAUUGGGUAGCCAUGUCAACUAUUCGACCCAAUCCUGGAUUUUCAAUGUUGGAUUUCUUGUCUGAAAAACCAUGGAUUAAAAGAAUUAUAUUUAAGCUCCUGAGUCAGGAAACUCUGAUGAAGUUUGUGCCCAGGUACAGCCUUGUUGUUGAACUUAGUGAGACAGGAUCCUACAAAAGAAGCUUUCAUGAUCCCAACGGAGUAACAGUACCUUACAUUAGUGAGGCACAUGAACACAAUGGAUAUCUCUACCUGGGCUCCUUCCGAUCUCCAUUUAUUGGUAGACUUAACCUUCAGCAUGUUUAAUUGUUCACCUGUGAUGAAGUGCCACUGUCCUUUAAUACUCCAGAGGUAUGAAGGAAGGAUGUGCUUGAGACAGCGUGUGACCAAGGACGAACAAGUGAAGAUGGUUAGUCAGUUGCACCAUUCUGUUGCCAUUUGAAAACCUGAAUGGCUUGCUGUUAACUGUAGUCUUCAUUGGUUUGAUUUGGCUGCUCCUGCUUUGGAAUUGGCAUGUGUAAUAUUAAUGCCUGUGAUGUUGAGGAUCUUCGUAUGGUUAAAUGCUCCUUAAGUGAAAGCCAUUGCUUUUCCUUUCCCACCCCUGUUUGGAGCAUCUUGAACAAACAUAAGCCACCUGUAAUGCAAGUAUCUUCUUACACUGGAAUGAUCAUUGGAUUAAUGAUGUAUCAUUUGRAUUGAAGAGAUGUUGCACAUUUGUUUCCUUCUGUUUUAGAAACUACUCUGUAGGAGUGAUUACAGUGCAUGUUUUCAUGUCACUCUACAGCGCUGUGGUAGAGGCAACAUCAUUCAGAAUGUGACUAGAAGUCUAGUUGUACUACCCAAGUUUCU